UCAUUAUCUGGUCCCUCCUUCUUCCACAUGGACCGGAACCGCGCGGCACGUGACCCGGAGACCGUGGACUGAGAGAGCUUCUCACACCGCAUCAUGGCUGCAUCCAAUGCGGCCGCGCGAUACCGAGCCGUCUCCCUGCUCUGCUACGGGGCUCCGCUCUCUCUGAGCCGGCUGCUUCUGCUCCUCUGCGCCUGCUCGCUGCUGCCAGCCCCGGCGCUCGGGUUGCUCGGUUUUCGACCAGAGGAGACCGGGGCGGAGCUGUCCGUGGAGGACGGGGUGCUGAAAGCCACCGAGGGGACUCGCUUCAUACUUCGGGUCUACUAUUCCACCUCCUCGCAGAAGCUCAAUCGUGCUCGUGCCAACAAUGCCGCGCCCUGGAUCGCCUUCAUCGAAGAGCCAACUCCCGGUAGAGAGGGGCAAGUUCACCCGAAGCGAAACAUGUGCAUGGACAAGAACGCCAGCACCUCCGACAUCGAGGUUUUGGGCUCUUUCAAGUCUGCUUCCAGUCAGAACUCGGUGCUGGUGGAGCUGCUGGCCAAAGACCUGCGGAGAGGGGAGAAGAUUAAAUAUUAUUCCAUGUGCGCCUUUGACGGAUCCAAAUGGGAACACUACCGGACUAAAGAUUUUUGGGUGGCCGUGAAGGAGCGCUCAGCAGUGCCGGAGCUCUGGCUGCAAGUGCUGGUCUCCGUCCUCCUGCUCGGGCUGUCAGCUCUGUUCAGCGGGCUGAACUUGAGCCUGCUGGCGCUCGAUCCAGUGGAGCUACAGGUCCUCCAGAACAGCGGCACCGACACCGAACAGAACUACGCGCGGAAAAUCGAGUCUGUGCGUCGGCAUGGUAACUACGUCCUGUGCACUCUACUGCUGGGGAACGCGAUCAUCAACGCCUCGCUCGCCGUGUGGAUGUGCCAGAUCCUGGGCAUGACCUGGCUCUCCACGGUCAUUUGCGCCUUCGGGAUCUUCUUCAUCGGGGAGAUUCUUCCACACUCGGUCGCAUCGCGCCACGGCCUGGCCAUCGCAUCCAAAACCAUCUGGGUGACACGGCUGCUCAUGGUUCUCUCCUUCCCCAUCUCAUACCCCAUCAGCAAGCUGCUGGACCUCAUCUUAAACCAGGAGAUCUCCAACUUCUACACCAGAGAGAAACUCUUGGAAAUGUUGCGAGUCACCGACCCGUACCACGACUUGGUAAAAGAAGAGCUCAACAUCAUACAGGGAGCACUAGAACUGCGCACCAAAACUGUUGAGGACGUCCUGACUCCGCUGACCGACUGCUACAUGCUGGCCUCGGACGCGGUGCUGGACUUCAACACCAUGUCCGAGAUCAUGCAGAGCGGAUACACGAGGAUUCCGGUAUUUGAGAACGAGAGAUCCAAUAUUGUGGACAUUCUGUUUGUGAAGGACCUGGCGUUUGUGGACCCGGACGACUGCACCCCCCUGAAGACCAUCACCCAGUUCUACAAACACCCGUUGCACUGCGUCUUUAACGACACUAAACUGGACGCCAUGCUGGAGGAGUUCAAGAAAGGGAAGUCCCACCUUGCCAUCGUGCAGCGUGUUAACAACGAGGGUGAGGGUGACCCUUUCUACGAGGUGAUGGGCAUCGUGACCCUGGAGGAUGUCAUUGAGGAAAUCAUCAAGUCAGAGAUCUUGGAUGAGACAGAUCUCUACACUGAUAAUCGCACAAAGCGUCGUGUUUCUCAUCAUGAGCGAAAGCAGCAGGACUUCUCCAUCUUCAAACUGUCAGAAAAUGAGAUGAAAGUGAAGAUUUCCCCCCAGCUUCUCCUGGCAACACAUCGUUUCCUCUCCACAGAAGUGGAGCCCUUCAAACCAACACACAUCUCAGAGAAGAUCUUAUUGAGGCUCAUCAAACACCCCAGUGUGGUUCAAGAACUCAAGUUUGAUGAGAAGAACAAACGAGCCUCUCAGCACUUCCUGUUUCAGCGCAACAAACCAGUGGACUAUUUCAUCCUAGUGCUACAGGGUCGAGUUGAAGUAGAGUUUGGUAAGGAGGCACUGAAGUUCGAGAAUGGAGCGUUCUCUUAUUUCGGGGUCCCGGCCAUCAUGCCAGCAGUCCACAGAUCGCCCUCUCGUAGCAGCGGUUUGGACCGCUCUGAGUCGAUGCUCUAUGGGGGAAGUAUGAGCCAGCUGAAUGGAGGGGGGAAUGUCUACCUGCCAGACUACUCUGUAAGGCAGCUCACUCACCUUCAGCUCAUCAAGAUCACCCGGAGUCACUACCAGAAUGCAGUAACAGCUACCCGGAUGGACAGCUCCCCUCAGACCCCUGAUGCUGACACCCGUCUGACAGAAAGCAACUCCCCGACCCCCGGGCCUCCAGCACCAGAGCCCACCACCACCACACUGAUGCCCCCAGACCACACUACUGCCACCCUUAUGCCCCCACCCAGGGAGCCAAGUCGGCCCAGUUCAGCCCGAACCCGGGGACAGCAGUCCAGUGUGCCACACAGCACCUCCCUGCUGAAUGAGAAGAACCGCAUUGUCCGUAGCAAGUCUGAUGGCCAGAAGAGUCCGAGUGAUUCGGUGUUUCUGAGGAUGGAUGAGAUCCCCUACAUCAGAGAGGACAGAUGUGAGCCUGACAUGGCCUCUGUUCCCAUAGAAACGGACACAUCCCCUUUCAUCAGCAGCCUGUCGCUGAGUGGUUCAGAGGACACACUGGGCAAGAAACUGCUGCUCAAACUAAGCCACAAGAAGAGGAAAAAAUCUCGUGAAGGGGAAAAAACACCAGAGGACAUUUCAGAGCAGCCGCUGGUGAAAACCUAGCAGAGUGUGUGUGAAACAGCCCAGAAUACACUCCAUCAUGUGAUGGUUCUUUAAGCUGUUUGUAAAGACAAAUGUGGCUGCUGAAUUACAGCUCUCAGAGUUUUAUCUGAAAACACACUCCAAAAGCCCGCACUGUUGGAGACCGUAAAGUGGACCAGUUUCCAAGAAUGCACAGAACCUGUGGGUGGAAGACACCAUCCUAACAAAAAGCGGGGGUGCAGCUUUAGCAACAUGCACCAAACCCUUCGCUCUUUGAUUCACUGUAUCAAAGAACACAAGCUUCAGCACUAUGCCAUGGCUUCUCAUCUCCAGGUUCUUGUGUGGAUGCACAUGUGUAAAGAAAAGACUGUGAAUGUAAAAGAUUUAUAGAAAAAUAGGGUUUUUUUUACUCACGUAAGACCACUUCUUCAAUGGAGCUAAAGACACUGAUGUUGCUCGGGAAACAGAGGGAAGACACCAAAGAUGUUGCUGUUUUGUACGUACUGCUCCAAAUGCACAAGUGAAAUUAUAGUAAAGGUUCUUUUAGAGGCUGCCUGAUUAGCACCCUUUAAAUAAUAAUUAGAGUUUCAGCCUACAGUGCAGAAAUACUAUCUAUUUGCAUUCUAUUUGUUAACACCUGCAUUUUAUAUACUGCAUAUGAAAUAUGCACGCAUUUUCCACCAGUUGCUCACAAAAUGUGGUCACACUGAGAAAUAGUGAAAUAGCAUACAGCGAUUCCUGAUGGUAUGGAGGCCUAGAAGUGCCAACAGAAAGAAAGAAAGAAAGAAAGAAAGAAAGAAAGAAAGAAAGAAAGAAAGAAAGAAAGAAAGAAAGAAAGAAAGAAAGAAAGAAAUGAAAACAUCAGUGCCCAGCAUUGCUGAUGCUUGUGUGGUGUAGGCUAUUACAGCAGUGAAUUCACAUCCAUAGGGAUGAAUGCCAUGUACGAAUAUAAUGUAAACCUUUCGAUGUGCCCACGUGUUUCUACCCAUGCGGUGAAUCGAUUCAGUAGAUGAAGACAAAUAUAUGGUUAUGAUUAUAUAUUUUUCAACUGCAUAUGGGUAUUACGAUUGGAGCUCUAAACCUCCUGUUCAUUUUAUUCAUCACUGAGUCUGAGAAUCAUUUAAGUGUCUGUAAAACGUGGGCUGGAGACAAAUCUCCUGUUGAAUGUCGAACACAAAGUCAUUCCCUGUCUUGCUGAAAGCGAUUAGCUUAGCUUGACCUAAAUCCUGGAGUCUGGCGCAAUUUGCUUUAAGCGGCUAAAAUCAGCGUUUUGUUAUGGUAACAAUAAAACAUCCCAUGCAGAGGUGUUAGCAAAGGGCUAGUGAGCAUUUAGUUGGUAGACACUAUGGCCAAAAAAUGGCCACCAUGAUGUCAUCUAUUUGUUAGAGAAGUCUCAUUGUUGGGGGUUAUGCGGGUUUCAUGGAUGCCAUGUUUUAAACUCAUGGCUCAGAACAUCAGGAAAGUGUUAUUUUGGAAAUAAUCCAGCAUUGAAAUAUUGUUCUGCUCUGAUGUUUGCUACAUGUGCUGCAGGCAGUGCUGAGUGUAUGAGAAACUGUGGCUGCUGAGCCACAGAGCCAAAGAGGAUGUAAUGAUUAUAUAACUCUCCUUAAACGUUGUUAGCGGAGGUGGUGGUGCGGUCUUUAAAAGGCUCUGUUUGUUUUUCUUUUUCCUUCAUGUAUCCACCUACAGUUCAUAUGACAGCAGUGCUGAAAACUCCCAGUGCCAGUUUGUGGAUGACAUCAUCGCUUGAAAUCAUGCUCCUUCUCGGUUUUGAUUGUUGAGACAUGUCGCUUUUUUGAUCACUUUUGUGAAGUAUAAUAUCCUGCCACUCUUAUUGUGUAGGAAAAGGAUUCAGUAAUAAUGUCUGAAGGCCCAAAUCAUUCAGGUUUUUGGUGAUCUGUGAAGAGCUGCCUCUGAACCUGCGCUUUCUGUUUGUCUGCAUGGUACAGCAGGGAUGGGAUGGGAGGGUGUGGCACUGUCACUGAGGUUCAGGAUCAGAUUUGUGCCACUGCAGCAUAGACCUGGAGCAGGAGGAGGAGGAGCAGAAGGAGGAAGAAAUGUGAAAAGAAGGAAAAUGCACUUAAAGGCCUAAAAUUUGACUCGCUGAUACAGUUUUGUUUCCUGACUGAAGCCACUUUGCUGCAUUACUUUGUAAAAUGUUAUCGUGCUGCGUCAUCUGCACUUAAAAACUCUACUUGCAUAAUUGGUUGGAGGGGAGGAUUAAAGACCUUGAUUUGUUUAAAGUGAAUUUUGAAAGACAGUCAACAAAUUAGUGAGAAGCAUUAGCAUCAAACAGCCUCUCCCAGCAGUACAAACACAUAUUUAGGAACUAGUGGGAGGGGUGCUUUUCAACUCUGCUCAUUGGUUAAUGUAACAGGAGGCCAGGCAGAGAGAAACAUCCCUCCUGAGUACAAUACAUGAAACCUGCUGAGUCAUUUUGCUGCAUUGGGGCACCAGCCUCAGCCAAUCAGCAGCAUCCUUUGAGGUCAAAUCCAGACAAUAACAGAUUCUGCUGCAGGACGUUGUUGAUUUGUUAGGUCGGUUCAUGCUUCCUGCUGUACAUCUAUUUGAGCUUCGGAGAUCAGGAUGCGCUCAUAACAUGUCUGAGAUCAGUUCUGUAUAUUCACUAUUUCUGCUAUGAGACAAGGUAAUGUCAGCUGAUCAGUGCAAAUUUGUUUUCAGCUGUUUUCACUGUACUUUCUAACAGAAGGAGCCGAGCUGCAGACAUGUACAGACAGCAUUUCCUUGGAAAUAUGAGAGUUUAAUACUUGUAAAAUAGAAAAGCAACUAUGUGAUGUUUUUUGUAUCAGAAUAUACAAAAAUACAGAGUUCCACAAAAUACUGAAUUUUAACAGUCUGAUGUCUUUAUUUUAUAUUAAAGACAAAUCUGGUGAUGAUAUAUUAUGGUUUAUUUUUCUUGCUUUAAACAUUUCCCACAAGACCAAACCAACCAACAUGAUCUUACUGACAAGUGUCGUUGGCAUUAAGGGGCGAAAGUGUGCCAUGAAAAUAUCCCUCCCCCCACUACAGCACCACCAACACCACCAGCCUAAAUUCAAUAAACCGUUGUUACAAGACAGGAUGGAUCCAUGCUUUCAUGCUGUUUGCACUAACGUCUGACCCUAUAAUGUGAAUGUUGGAGAUGUCAAAUCAGGACUCAUCAAAUCAGGGGACAUUUUUUCUAGUCUUCUGUUGUCCAAUUUUAGCCUCAGUUCCUGUUGUUUGAGGACAGAAAUGAAACCUGGUAGGAUCGUCUGCUGCUUCAAGUUGUGGCAUACAGUGAGUUUGGAGUUCCUCUUUCUCUAUGACUCCAGUCAACUUAAAGCAGUCACUCACUGGACAGUUCUCUUUUAUGAACCACAGAGAUAUCUGUGUAAAUCAGCAGUUUGUGAAAUAGUCUGUUUAAAGUCACUUUAGUCACCUGCUCUGUUCUGGAAAGCAGCCACAAGCUCCUCAGCACAGCUAUUACUUGUGACAGCUGAUGACUUCACUUCACACUCAGUGCCGUCAACUGGCGGUGUGCGGAUCGAUAUUGAAAUAUCAAUUCUUCCGAUACCAGUAAUUUAUGUUCUAGAAUCGAUUCUCAUAUUAAAAUAUCAAUAUUUUAGUACUUUGGGAUAAAUUUGCAGUUUUUCAUUAACAGGAACACAUUGGAAAGAAACUAUAUCAUUCGGAUUGUCUAAAUUGGAAGGAACGACUUUCUCGUACGCCUUUCAUAGUCAUAUGCGAAAUACAGCUGUACAGCCCAUGGCGUGCACACUCAAAACAAUGGCUGAGCGUGAACGGAGUCAUGUGUGGACGUAUUUUGCCUCUACGAAAUGCCAAGAUGCGGUUUGUGAUACAUGUGGCAAGACGGUGAGGCGUUGUGGCAACACCACUGACCUCCUCAA